UAACUCAAAAAUCCCUUUUCAGAGAAUCUCCAGCUUCUCCAGCACCACCGACAGCCAUCAUGUCUUUGUCUACCAGUAAGCUGGCAGGCUCAAAUACAAUGAAUUUUGUGGAUUUUCUCGCCAGCGACGAGCACAAUCACAGCGAUUUCAGUUCAUAUCUAAGGUGCUACCAACUAUAUCUUUCGAAAAAGAGGCAACCCUUUCAACGAUCGGGGAAGUACUCAGUUCCAGAAAUGCUGCGGGAGUACAAGGAAUAUAUGGAACAAAUAGCCGAGGACCACGUGGAACAAACAAUCGACGGCCAAUUGACAGCGAAUCCACUUUCCCAGCAAGCAGACAAUGCUGCCUCAACUAUGAUAAGCGGAAGCAUUGCUUCUGUCGUACAGCUCCAUUCACGUAAUAUUUCAUCUUGGCCGCUUGUGAUCACGAUGCAAUGCUAGGGAAGUCAAACGAUGUUCAUGAUAACUGUCGAUUCUUCCAUAGAAUAUCUGGAGACAAAGGUCCAAGGAGUACAGGGCCGCAAACGGAAGCAGGCACAGGCAGAUGACCAUAAGGAACCGGAUUGGUGGAUCAAGCUCGGUCUAGUGGUGAAGACGCUGAACGGAGGAGAAGACACUGCCAUACCUUCACAAAUCCCGUCGGAACUCUCAAAGACCCACAAGGCUUUGUUUAAAGUCGCCAGGGACUGCAUGCAAGCUUUCCAGGCAGCACCUAAGAAAAAGAGAGACCAAGUACUAUUGAAGGACGCUAUGGUGGCGCUGUCGUGCACAGCGAACUUACACUCGCCAAAAGUAGGAGCAUAUUUUGAGGAUGAUUUUCUGGCGCGAGCUUUUAACGCGUGCAUGGAUUCAGAAAUCGACCAUCACGAAGAUUUAGUGCGUUGGUUGGCUCCUUUGAGGGAGAUCGCCCGAUCUGGCGACGCAUCCGAUGUUAGGGACGAGGCCUUGUUUAAAAACGCAGAACUCACGAGAGAGCGUCGAAGAAUAUGCGCACUAGGAGCGCGGUCGCUUCAUGAGAAGGUGCUGGAUAUCGUGCAACAAAUGUGUGCUUUGGUGAUAGAACGGCCAUUCGGGGACUCGCCCAGCGAGACCGAUGCACUCAUUGCCUGGGCCAACGUAUACAAGACAUUACUUCCAACAGGUAUCACAAUAUCAACAGGGGAGACAUGGCUGAGAGCCACGUUGCCAGUGCACAGCGAACUAGCAGCGGAGUUGGGGACCGAGGCUGGAGAAGGAGGAGGACGACGCGUGGAUAUGAGGUUCUUGUACAACGACAUUGAAGUCUCUAACGUCGAGUUAAAGGCUCGUUCACGGAAGACUUCAGAGCGCGCCACGCAGACCCGCAAGAAUCUGCGGUUGGCCAGGUGCAUACAAAGAGAACUAGAACGUUUAGGUGUUCCAACGCCCGAGAUCCUGUUUGCUGACGUUUCCGGAUACAUGGGAAUUUUUUCCAAGGUCGUCAAGUUGGAUGACAUCUAUGUCGCAGGCCGAGUUACAGAUCAAGUUGUUACACUUCCUACCAGCAUGUACACUCUCCGCCAAUUCUUGGAGGGAUCAUCACUCUCGGUCAUUAUUAAUUUCCUGAGCCAUCUUGAACGACUUGGAAUGGCCGCGUGGGAUGCAGCUGCCGCCAAGGAGGCAAGUGAUAGCGAGUCCGACUUUGUGGAAGAUGUUGAAUACGAUGUGGAUGAGUCAUAUCCGACUGAAAAGCGCUUCGAGGACAAUAUCCUCCUCACUCCCAAAAAGAAGCGCGUCUAAGGGCCACUCUCCAAUUAACUUAGCCUAGUUGCCUUUGUUACAUGUCAGAGUCCAUUGCCUUUUGCCGCUUUUCCUUUCACUCGGUGCCCUUUCCUUUGCUACAUUAUUUUCCACCGCAUGUCUCUUUCUCUCUGUCUCUGUACUCCUGAA